UCGGAGAGGUCGAUGAAUUCCCAAAGAGUGUCUUGAUCGGAGUCUUCGAAUUGCAAGAAUUGGAGGACGACCCUCGCAACUGGGCCCGCCUCCGUCAUCUCCGAUCACCGCUAUGUUAAUUUCUAAUUUGUUAAUUUCUUGAAUUGAUUCUCCUCAAAAUGUCGUCGGUUCAACGCCAAUCGAGCUCCGGCUCCGAUGGAUCUGUGGUGGAUGACAAGAAGAGGAAGAAGAUGCAGUCCAAUUGCGAAUCGGCCCGGCGAUCGCAGAUGAAGAAGCAGAAGCGUGUGGAGGAGCUGACGGUGGAGAUCAGCUGGCUCCAGAUCUCGAACAGCCAAAUCCGGCAGAGCAUCGACGCCAAGGACAAAGCCUACAGCGAGGUGGAGGCCUGGAACAAUGUCAUGAGGGCUCAGGAGAAGGAGCUGACUGAUCGACUUCGCUACUUGGAGUCGAUUGAACAGACUUUUGUGGAGUUCAGCGGUGUCUUCGAUAAGGACAUUAACGACUUGGCUGAGAUGCAUGACUCUCUGCUCAAUCCGUGGCAGCUUCCUUACUCGACUCAGCCGAUCACUGCUUCUUCUACUGAUAUGUUUCUCGAUUGGCCAUGAUCAAUUGCAUUAGUCCUUUGCUUUUCGGUUCUUACUGUUAUAUCAAUCGUUUCUGUUUUCGGGUAUGUGUUAGUCUCUGGUUUUGAUGUCUAUAGUGG